GUGCUGGGAGGUGCAUUGUGGGUGGGCGGAAAAAGGCUCCAAAAGACGUAAGCGACCGACGAGUGCACGUUGCUUAGUCUUAGGCUAAAACAACAAGUGGAACCUUGUUUCGAAGCAAUAAUAUUCCAGGAAAGUAGCUCAAAAUGUCGAUUGGUGUGCCCAUCAAAGUCCUGCAUGAAGCCGAGGGACACAUUGUGACCUGCGAGACCAACACUGGAGAGGUGUAUCGAGGCAAGCUUAUUGAGGCCGAAGACAAUAUGAACUGCCAGAUGUCGAACAUCACGGUGACCUAUCGGGACGGGCGUGUGGCCCAACUGGAGCAAGUGUACAUCCGGGGCAGCAAGAUUCGCUUCCUGAUUUUACCGGACAUGCUAAAGAAUGCGCCCAUGCUGAAGAGUAUGAAGAAUAAGAACCAGGGCUCUGGUGCUGGGAGAGGCAAGGCAGCCAUCCUCAAAGCACAAGUGGCCGCAAGAGGCAGAGGGCGUGGUGGAAUGGGAAGAGGAAAUAUGUUCCAAAAGAGGCGAUAAUUGUUGCAGCCUUUUGCUUUUUGUAUAGUUGGUUUGUUUUUGUUUGUUUGGUUUUUUUUUAAUCCACCCACCUUCAAUUGGUGAUCUUGUUCUUGAUCGUGCGUGUUGCAAUGUAUUGCUCCAAAUUCAUUUUUUAAUGAAAAAUAAACAUUUGAAAUUGA